CUUGAGUUGAUCCCUUGGGAGCAGAUGGUGAAUGGUGGCUUACCUACGGGAGAAGCCUUAGUUUGUGUCCACGCUGCAAGGAGUAGUAGUGAAGUUGAGGAAGACGUAGUGAGAAGAGCUCAUGAGGCGGGACUCCUAGGAGAGAGAUCGAAACUAUAGCCAAAGCGAGGCAGGACGUGACAUCAUGUCGCCGAGAGACGCGUGUGUAGCCGCCGGUCUGCUGCUGCUGCUGCUCUGCGUCCAGUGUCUGCAUGGCUCCGCUCUUCCUGCUGUAUCCUCCUAUGAGUUCACUGCCUACAGGAUGCAACAGUACAACCUGGUACAACAGAAGCAUGGUUGCCGCGGAGCUAUUGUGGUGGCGGAGGCGCGCUCAGCUGACGAGCCGGUGCUGACCCGCCGCUGUGUCAUCAUGAAGGUGCUGGACUUCACCACUCAGAAAUACCUCGAGGCCCAGAGGCAAAACGCUGCUGCCGUGCUGAUCCUGCUGCCCAAAAAUAUCUCUGCCGUCCCCCAUGACACCUUACAGUCCUUCAUGGUGGGUGAGAGCGAAGCCUUGCUGAAGGAGACCCUCAUGCCGGUGUACGUGGCGCCUGAGGAUGAGCAGCUGCUUUACAUGUAUGAGGAGGUUAAGCAAGCUGCAGCCACCAGGACCUCAUCUAUAUUCAUCAGAGUCCUUCGGAGCAUGGUCACAGCUACGGCCUUUCAGAUCCUAGUGAGCAACAACGUUCCCAUUAAGGCCAUCACUGACAACACCAUAGUCGCACUGGAGGGAGUGCUCCCUGGUGCAGGAGAGGAUGUGCCAACCAUCGUCAUCACUGCGCACUAUGAUUCCUAUGGGCUGGCACCGUGGUUGUCGUAUGGAGCAGACUCUAAUGGCAGUGGGGUUGCCAUCCUGCUGGAGCUGGCACGUCUCUUCCAGAAGCUUUUUAGCAGCCCAAGCACCAGACCACUAUAUAAUUUAAUGUUCUCCUUAACGGGAGGAGGAAAAUACAAUUUCCUUGGCACAAAGAGAUGGAUUGAAGAGAAUCUGGACCAUGCUGAGUCCAGCCUUCUCCACGACAAUGUGGCGUUUGUUCUGUGUUUGGACACACUGGCCAACAGUGAUGAGCUGUACAUGCACGUGUCCCGUCCCCCUAAACCGGACACUCCCAUGCAUGCUUUCAUUCAACAGCUGGAGGAGGUGGUUACCUCCAGGUUUCCCUGGGUGAGGCUGGGACUGGUCCAUAAGAAGAUCAAUCUUGUUGAGUCCACAGUUGCCUGGGAGCAUGAGCGCUACAGCCUGCGCAGGAUACCCAGUUUCACUCUGUCUCAUCUGGAAGACCCCAAAUCUGAGCUCCGUGGCUCCAUCCUGGACACCAUGUCACAAGUGGACUUCAGGAAACUCAAACGUAAUGGCGUCAUCUUAGCCGAAGCACUGGCACGUUACAUGUACAAUCUCUCUGACAAGGGCACGCCAAAAGAUGUGCAGGUCUUCAAGGGCCAGAUGGACGUUCAUGAUGGCCGUAUGUCCAGUCUGAUGUCCUUCCUCACGUCGGUCCCUCGGGCCACCCAGCUGCUGGAUAAGGAGCCCAGUCACGUCCUGCUGGUCAACUCACUGGAGCACGAGUUCAAGCGUUACCUGCAGCAGGUUCACAGACACGCCUUCCGACAGGACAAGAGGGACCCUGAUAUUACCUUCUUUGAUCAAAUGAACCAACCAAUAGUGAUGUACAGAGUGAAGCCUGCAGCCUUUGAUCUGUUCCUUGGUGGCUGCAUCGCUGGUUAUCUGGGGAUUGUUUACUAUGCCAUUCAGAAUUUCGGCUAUCUCUACGCAAAGCUCAAAGCAGCAGUGAAAUCCAAGCACCAGUAAAUAAGGCCGUGCGCGCUGAGUGUGUGAUGACAAGGGCUUUGAAGUCUAGCGCUGCACAUGAUGGACUCCUGCUACACAGCCAGCGCAGAACAUGAAAGCGGUGCAACAAGAACCUGCCCAGACUGCUCAUAUAUGCACGUCUUGUGAAGUGCGCAUUUGCUGUGAAAUGUAUAUUGUUUAAAAAAAAGAUUUUUGUAUCUUUCAUUAUUCACUAAUCCGCUGUACUGUAAAGGAAACAAAU